AUGGGUCAGGGAACGUCUCACGAGGUGCAGCACUUGACGCUCGAACAGCUUAGUCACAACCUUGCGCAAACGUUUGCGAAGAAGAGCUACACACCGCUCGAGUUAUACUGCUUCAAAUCUGUCUUCCGGUCGCUGGCUGACACCGAAUCGGGAGUCCAAUACUGGAGCGAAGCGACACUAUGUCGGUUUCUGGAGCUGCCAGAUGCGCUGAACGUAGGGUCGGUUGUCUUCCAGAUGGCUAGCUAUCUCGGCGCAUUCCCAUUUGCGAGCCAAGCACCGGCCAUCCUUACAAUUGAGGCGUUACUCAAGGUUGUCACCAUUCUCACGGAAAGAUAUGGCGCAGUGCUGAAAAAGAGAGGACGCGAGAUCUGGUUACGUGAGCUAUACAGGAGUUUGGCCAUAUACGACAAGGGCAUACGGUCCGAAUUAGAGGAACAGAAGCAUGAGAAAGAUCAGGUCACUGAGAAGAUGGGGUUCGCUGUCGACGUGCCAGAGGAUGGUGAAGGUGGAGACGAUGAAGAGGAUGAUGAGCUGGUUCUGGCUGCACUGGACUCGAUGGACUCCUUGGAGGUUUUCAGGCAUGGCGAGCAGGCGAACGUGCAUCACUCGAUCAUUCCAACGGACAAUUUCCUGAAACUCAUCGAGCUACUGCUGCUCAUCGCGCCGAUCGAUGCGCAACAGAGUCUGUCCUCGCUGGCACCUGAGCUUUCAGAUGAGCGCAUCCAGAAUCUGCGACGGACUGCAAAGGUGGUGUUGUCGUCGUUCAUUACCGAUAAACAUCCCGGCGUUACAUAUCGUACCUUCGAUACAGUUCUCUCUACGAGUCUCCCGUUCCUGUUCGACGGCCUGAACCCUCUAUUCGAGCACUUCCUCUUCGCAAAAGACUUCGAUCUCUCAAAGCGCAAGUCAGACUCCACUUCUCCAAUACAGGAAUCGCACCCGGUCAUUCCACCCCCGAAGACUGUAGCAGACCCAGAGCCAAUCCUACGCAACCCAGGCGAGAUUCUCAAUCUCACCACGCUCAGUCAAUUGUCGUUCUUCAUCAAGGGCAACAACCUCUUCAGACGUUUGCGCCCUCUUUACAGCGGUAACACCCACGGCUUUUCCAUGGGAUCCUUCGAGAAACAGAUUUUCAAUUGGAGAGCACCCACAAUCCUUUUAGUGUCAGGCCGCCUGCUUCCCACGACGCCCUCCAGCACCCGCGAGCGCGCCUUGGCAGAUAUGCUCCCUCCCAAACGCCAUCCCAACAGCGUAUCCGAGACGUCACAAAACCAGACGCUUACCUACGGCGCCUAUAUCCCCACACAAUGGAAGCACACGGGCAAAUCCUGCUUUGGCGACUCGUCCGCAAAGCUCUUCCAGCUCUCACCGACCCAUGACGUCUUCCCGGCGUCCAGCUUCAGCAGCGACUAUGUCUACUUCAACAAGUCGCCCACGCACCCUGCUGGUGUCGGCUUCGGCACUCCAGUCCCCACGCAAUCCUCGGCAGCGAGCCGCUCUCACGGCGUGUUCCGCCCAGCGCCGGUAUCGCUGCAUCUCGACGACGCCCUCGAAUUCGGCAUCUUCACCCACCUGGCGGAAGGCGGUGGGAGCUUCUACCCCAGCAAGCUUCCCUGCAGGAGGAGCCAGGACUGGCAGGAUCGGUUUGAGAUUGACAGCCUGGAGGUCUGGGGCUGUGGCGGCGACGAUGUCGCCGAGGCCCAGAGGAGGGAGUGGGCGUUCCAGGAGAGAGAGGCGGAGGCGAGGAGGAGAAUCAAUCUAGGCAGUGGAGAUCAACAGCAGGAUUACGAACUGUUGAAGCUGGCGGGUCUGGUGGGCAACGAGAAUCGGAGUGGUGGCAGUAUGGGCUGA